GCGCACAGAGACGCGACACCGGCGCGCUGCAGCUCCUCCGCAUCCGCGUAUAUCUCUCUCUCUCGCACUCUCUCUCUCUCUUCCUGAAACAAACGGCUUAUUGUCUUCUCCUUGCAAGGCUAUCUUUUUUUGUUUCGUUUUAAUUUCCCCCCAUUUCCCCUCUUCUCUCGGCUCCUCUCAUGCCGCCGUUAAGGCGCUGGAUACGGGGCGGUUUGUGAUCGACCAAGCAGCAGCUCGAUGAAUAUGGCGUGUAUCGGGGACGCGGACCCUUUCACCGCCGCGAUACCUGCCACCAAAGUUGAGCUCACGGUGUCUUGCAGAAACCUGCUGGACAGAGACACGUUCUCCAAAUCUGAUCCAAUUUGUGUGCUGUACACUCAAGGAAUAGCCAACAGGGAAUGGAGAGAGUUCGGCAGGACGGAAGUCAUAGAUAACACCCUCAACCCUGACUUUGUCCGCAAAUUCAUCCUGGACUAUUUCUUCGAGGAGAGGCAGAAUCUACGCUUUGACCUGUAUGAUUUAGACUGCAAGAGCGACAACCUCUCUAAACACGACUUCCUGGGCCAGGCGUUCUGUACGCUGGGCGAGAUAGUCGGCUCCCUGGGGAGCCGCCUGGAAAAGCCUUUGAUCGGGAUCCCGGGGAAGAAAUGUGGCACCAUCAUAGUGAGAGCAGAAGAGCUGAGCAACUGCAGGGAAUCAGUGCUGCUGCAGUUCUGUGGCAACAAGCUGGAUAAGAAGGACUUCUUCGGAAAAUCUGAUCCCUUUCUCGUCUUCUACCGCAGCAAUGAAGACGGAUCGUACACCAUCUGCCACAAAACAGAGGUGGUGAAGAACACUCUGGAUCCCGUGUGGCAGGCUUUUAAAAUUCCUGUCAGGGCGCUGUGUAACGGAGACUACGACAGGAGCAUUAAGGUGGAGGUGUACGACUGGGACAGAGACGGAGGCCAUGACUUUAUUGGCGACUUCAGCACCAGCUACAGAGAAAUGUCCAGAAGCCAGUCACAGUUCCACAUCUAUGAGGUUCUCAAUCCAAAGAAAAAAGGAAAGAAGAAGAAAAAGUACCAAAACUCAGGAUCGGUCACCCUCCUGUCCUGCCUCGUGGACACUGAGCUCUCCUUCCUGGACUACAUCCGAGGCGGGACUCAGAUUAACUUCACAGUGGCAAUUGAUUUCACGGCAUCAAAUGGCAACCCGUCCCAGCCCACCUCGCUCCACUACAUGAGCCCAUACCACCUCAACGACUACGCCAUGGCGCUGCGGGCCGUCGGAGAGAUCAUCCAGGACUACGACAGCGACAAGAUGUUUCCUGCACUCGGCUUCGGCGCCAAGCUUCCCCCAGAUGGGCGGGUCUCGCACGAGUUUGCCCUGAACGGCAAUCCACAGAACCCGUACUGCAGCGGUAUCGAGGGGGUGAUGGAGGCCUAUUACCAGAGUCUGAAAUCUGUGCGUCUCUACGGACCCACCCACUUCUCCCCCGUUAUUAACCACGUGGCCAGGUAUGCGUCAGCAGUGACGGACGGCUCACAGUACUUCAUCCUGCUCAUCAUCUCUGAUGGCGUGAUCACGGACAUGGCGCAGACGAAGGAGUCCAUAGUCAAUGCUGCGUCUCUGCCCAUGUCAAUUAUAAUAGUCGGGGUCGGACCAGCGGAAUUUGACGAAAUGAUCGAGCUGGACGGGGACGAGGAGAGGAUCUCAUCCCAAGGACGAUACGCCGAGAGGGACAUCGUUCAGUUCGUUCCUUUCAGAGACUACAUUGACCGACGGGGGAACCACAUCCUCAGCAUGGCUCGCUUGGCUAAGGAGGUGCUCGCCGAAAUCCCGGACCAGUUCCUGUCCUACAUGAGGACCCGAGGGAUCAAACCCGGCCCCUUGCCUCCUCCUUACACCCCCUGUCCUCCACCGGCUCUCCACCCGCUCCUCUGCAGACGGGUAAGCCGAAUCUAAAGGCGGAGGCCUCGCUUUUGACGCCGGGCCGGCCGACACUGCUGGUCUACUCUCAUCUCUCUGCUUCUUCUUCUUCCUACUCUUCACUGGAAGCUUUUGAGCACACGGCGGACCUCGCCCGCUCUCUCUCUCUCUGUCGGGAACAUUUGACCGUGAGCCGAGGGCCAUGAUGUGGAUAACCCAGAGUGGGUUCCACUUUUUAGAGGAAGGGACCUUUUUUCCGUAGCGGAUGAAGGUUGGGGGUUUUAAAGGGUCGUGGUGGGGAAGGGUCCGAGAUCUACCUCCACCAGGACGCGUGGACGGGAGAGGAAACAGACUACAUGAAGCUGUCAGAUUGAAACACUGAUUGAUCAUUUGCUAUUUCUAUUUCCACUUCCUCUAUCUUUCACAAAAUCAUGUCUCUCAAUAUUCAAAUGUUUACAAAAUUGAGGACUGGACUGGAGCAUUUUUUUCAGGAGGAAAUUUAUACCAAUCAAUGUGAAAACCUUUCAGAUUCCUAUUUUUCGGCCGCAGAACCUGGAAGUUGUGACUUUGUACAAAAGCGUUUUAGGCCCUGGUGCCACAUUCUUCAUUACAGAGUGUGUAUGUUUUAGUUUUUUUUCAUAAAUGGAGCAUGUGCUAGUUUUAAGAGAAGCAUGCACUGUUGUCCUGCACUCAGGGCUUUGUCCAUCACACACAACACCCCCCCCACUCACCAUCACCACCACUGCCAUGUUCCAUUAAGAACAAACCCGUCGCCUGAUAUCUUCCCACACUCCUCCUACCUUCUGCUCCGUCCACCGGUCUUGACGAUGGAAGCUGUGCUCCCUGAGAAGUCGGGUCAAAUCAAAUGCAGCAGGUACUUGAAGCAGCCUUACUCUUUAGUCAGAUAGCAUUCACGGGCACCGUGUCCACCAUGGGCUCUGGAAAUGUGGAUCUCCAAGCCCAGAAGUCAAAAACACACUUCUUACUACCGAACCUGACUGUGUGUUAAGUUACGUCUUCUUUUUAUUUCCAUGGAACAACAUUGUUCUUCAGAAGUUUUUUUUUUACGUCUCUCUACCUCUCACUUUGUUUAGUAUUGCCAAAAAAAAAAAGGUGUUUUAAAUAACAACAUGUCGGCGUGUCAGUCUGUAGGGUUCCCAGUUUUUUUUCUCACAUCAUGAAAUAUUUGCCGAACUGUAGGUUGAGAAUUAAAGGACUUCGGUAGCUGUGAGAUCAGGUGACUCACACCUUUGUGUUAGCAACACACUGUGAAUAUGUGCACAGGAAACAGUUAGCCGACCAACCAAAAUGCAAAGCUGCUUUUAUUUUAGCAGCGACCCUUAUGGAUCAAAGUAGGAACUUUGACUGAGUUGUUUCUGUUGUAGUUCCAUGUUGUCCAACAAUGUUGCAACUAAAAUCUGUUAUAAUCCCCGACGGUUUAGUUCAGUAGCAUGUCGCUAAUCACCUCCUUAAAGGAACAGUCACCAGAAAACAAAACAAUGUUUUCAGUAUCAAACUCUCCUCCUGAAGGUCUCAGCUUAGAUUCACAACACUUAUAAUGGAUUCUUGUGUUCCUGUUUCCACAACGGCUUUCUGAGAUUUCUGUUUUUGUUUUGUCGGUGCUCUUCUCACUGGUUUAGUCGGGAAGACUUAAUGCCACAAACUUCCAUCUACAGUACCAAUCACUGUUCAGCAACGUUUAUUAAAUGAUAAAGUGAAAACAACAUGUAGUCUGAUUAUUAGGAUAAUAUCGACCCAGUUCAUGGCGGGGAAAAAAAGAUAAAAGUUCAACACAGCUAACUAUGUUAUCAACAAAUGGAAGCUGUUUACGUCCGUCAAGUGGAGCUACAUUAUGUAGUUUGGCUGCAAAACAGUAUAUUUGACGUUUUUUAACCUCCACUGGAAUCCAUUGUAAAUGUCUUCUGCAAGAGAGCAGACCGCAAACGUUCCAGAGUCUACAGGUGUUGAGUGUUUGAUAUUCAAAACCUAGUUGUUCGGGGGAAGUUAUCCUUUAAAAACGGGGGAAAUACUCAAAUCCAAAACAGGUCCUUGCACUGCCACUUUUAGCCAAGUUUUGGGGCGAAACUCAAACGCAACCUUGCUGCUGUUUUGCCCAUUAGCGUGUACAUGAAAACUUUACAGUGUGACUUUAAGAAAAGCACAAACCAUUUCCUGCCAGAAAACCACAGGCCCCUUUUUAACUAAAUGUGUGAAGAACAGCGAUCAUACAUUUGACUCUCUUUACUGCAAACUUUUUCGGGCCCUAUUCAGUCAAGGAAUCAAUGUGAGAGAAGGUUUACAUCAUUUUUCUAAACUUACGCCUCAAAAUCAUCUUAUACUUCUUGGCUGAUGAUGCUUCAUUAAGAUAUCUACUUAUAAACUGCUUGUAAAACAUUUCUCAGAUAUUUAUACACUGUACAAAUUUUUGCCUUUUUUGUGUAUUGGACAAUAUACUGUAUAUGUAAUGCUGCUUCUUGACUGCUGAUAUAAGUAUUACAUUUUAUACUGAGGCCUGUAAUCAUAUUUAAAUCAUGACUAACAGGCCUUAUUCAUGUUUAUACAUAAGUUAUUCAUAUUUAAAUCAUGAACGACAGGCCUGUAUUUUUUAUAAGCUAAUGGUUGGAUAAUAAUGUUUAACAGUAGACCCGGUGAUCAAGUACACCACGUAGCAACAUUUACCUGCCAAAUCUGACACAUUGUUAAAGGGAAAGUUUCAGAUGUUUUGAAGUGGGGCUGUACGAGGCGAACGACGCGCCCGCAGUUUAGAGAAACAGACGAGAGGACCAGCACAGGAGCAAAGAAAUGUACCGCUGUGGACGGGGGAAGAAGCAACAAUGUAGUUUAGCCACUUAAAAAAUCUAAAAUUAUAACUAGAUUACUUUCCAUGCACGAAGACAGCCCUUUAUGACGGAGAACUGAAGCCGUUAUAUAUGCUCUCUUCAAAGACUCCAUUGACAAAAUCAGUCAUUUUAGCUGCUGGCCCACAGCUGCCUCGAUUUUAUUUUCUGUGUGUUAUUAACUCAUUGUGUCACACAAUAACACAAUUAGCGUCAUAGUUUUAAAAAAAAUGUCCCAUGUAUGAAAAAAAGACCCAAAACGAACGUUGUAAGUGGAUGAAUUGAUAACUAAAAGCAAAUUAUUUAACAUUUGCACAGGUUUGAUUCUGUCCCAAGCUUUUCGAUUCAUAUAAAGCGGUUGAUCACUGUUUUCUCUAUGAGCAGUUUACACUGUAUUGUUUUUAUUAAAGGUGUCUAAAAUACAUUUUGCUGCUGCCCUCCAUUCACAGCAGUGCAUCGCUUUACCGCCUGUUUCUCCAAACUGGGGCCGUGACGACCGGCAUCUACUGUAUUUGAUACGCUGACUUUGGAUAAGCACCUAAUACAACCCUACUUCAAACAAUACGAACUAUCCCUUUAAGUGUAGUGUCUCAUCGUUGGCCCGAAACUCAUUCUGAAAAAGCUGGUUGUUCAGUUUAACUGAAUAGGGUCCCUCAGUGUGGGGACGGGUGUUCUGGUAGAUUUUGUACUCUUCAGUGUUGUUGUUUGAUGGCGGAUUGCACAAUGUAGCACUGGUCUCAGGUCUGGUAUUGGACUGGAGCAGCAUCAGACUGAGCCGGAUCAGACCAGAUCAGGCAGGAACGUUCUGUGACUCUCCUCCUGAAACACAAGGCAGGGCCUUUCAUUUAUAUAUCACGACACGAUGUCAACUUCAUCUCACACCCACACUCUCGUAUACGCUGUACAUCCAGUACAUGUAUUUGUAUAUGAAACAUGCAUGACACUUACAUAACAAGGCCAGGGUUGAGUGAAGAUUAAGGGUUUUUUUUGUGCUUGUUUUCUCAGAGAAACAGUGGUUUCACAAACGUGACAUUUACAGCGUGAGUAUUAACAGCUUUAAAAGCAGAGUCUCUCAACUUCUUAUGUCCUGUGACCACAUUUUUAGGUCCAGGAUGUGACGUUGUAUUCUGUUUCAAGUUCUUGGAGGCAACUCCAAACGGAUUAUUUUGAAACCAAAAUUCUCGCCAAGACUGUGCAAUCCCUUACAAGCUAAAAGUUUUUUCUUUUGAUGAUAGAAACUGUUCAGAACUCUAAAAUCUGGAUCUGGAUCCAGAUGUUUAAGAUUGUUUGUACAAAGUGCAGCAUGAAAAAACAGUUGAAACACUUGUCACGUUGCCAAAUGUGACCGAAAACACAACAUCCUUAACCCGAGAUAACGACGAUUAACGAUAUUGAAACCGGUUGACCGUUGGCUAAUCUUCAUCCUCCUUUAGGCUGUCACGCUUUUCAUUUUUUCCUGCUAACCAUCGAUUUUGACAGCUGUCUCUAGAAGCUAUCAUCAGCUGUAGGUGCUAAUUAGCUUUACCUGUAGCGAAUUAAGCUAAAGUUAUAUGGUCUUGAAUAUGCAAUGUCAGGCUGACAGCCAUGAUAUACCAUCAGAAGACUAAAGCGAACAGUUAAAAGUUAAAUUUACUCAACAUGAAAAUAAAGAAACAGUAUUUUUCUUGUAUUGCGGUGUAGAGCUAGUUAACGCUAAUAAGAUACUAAGAUAAGGAAAAGUGUAGAAUCAGUUAUUUGGUUCUAACACACCCGUGUUUGGCUGCUAAGCUUACGUACUUCAAACAGUAUAAUUUCAUCAAUUUAACAAGAAUAACGUUUAAAAUCCGUCCUCAUCCUAGAGGCUAACCGAUGUGUCGUUAUCUCGAGGAAUAUUGUUGGAGUUGUUUGAGCGUGAACUUCCUCAAAUGUAACCGUAACUUGUGACCCCAAAACCUAAUGAAGUUAGUUGAUGAUAGUGAUCAAUUGCUACUGUCAGCUGUCAGCUGGUUAACUAGACAAGGUAACGAUAGCAGAACCAAUAGACAAACCAUCUACACAUUUCUACAUUUUACACACUUUGGCUCCUGCUUUUGCUUUUGGACAAUCACUGAUCCGGGUAGAGGUUUAACAAACGGUCAAUUGAUUUUUUGAUUCGAAAAAACAAUUACAAAAAGAUCGGCCCCAUAAGGGAUUGAGAAGCUCAGCCACAUCAUACGACCAGAGGACCGAUAUUAUUCUCUGCUGUGCAGUAUGAAUAUGUGACAGCAUGUAGAGCUUCUCUUUCCCUCAGCACGAGGAAUAGAACAUACAGUUUGCACAGAAGCCCGGUGGAGUUGGGAGUCUUAACAUAAACCCAUAAGGGGUUUUUUUUUUUGUCACAUGCGGCUGCGAUGUGUGAAAUCACUGUUCCUCUGCGUCAGCGUAGGAGUGACAAUCAAAAGCAUUUAUUGUGUAGGAGACUACAAGGCGGGGAAAAACAACAACAACCCUGUGCCAUAGGUGGACAAACAAGCUUUAAUGAAGUCGGCUUACACCUCGCUGCCUCCCACCGCUCAUCGUUGCAUCCGUGUCACUCUGCCGAGGAGGCGUCGUGUCAGCAUGCCGGGCCACACGAACGGCCACGUAACCUUCACGCACUCAACAUGAAAGUGGUUUACUGUACCUUUACGAUAUUAACAAAGUGGUUUAAUCGAAUGCUCGUGAUGAAUAUCCUGUUUUACUCUGUUUUUAUUAUUUUUUGAUAGCAUGCAUUAAGUUUGCAUGCGUAGAUUUCUUUUCUAACAGAGAUGCAUCAGUGGGUUUCAAAAAUAAUUGUAAUAUGACAUCAUUACGUGUUAAUUUUAGACAACUUUUUUGCCUUAAAAGUCUCACUCGUCAAUUUUGAAAUUGUGCAAUGCCUUCAGAUGUUUCUUUUGAAGACUUUUUUUUUUGGUAUGCUGAUGCACAGCCACUCAUCAGACGUCAUGUCACAGCAUUGUUCUCUCAAACCCAGUGGUUGAAGUGAUGUGAAUAAGAGGGAGAGUGAUCCGAACGGGAAAAACACAAAAACUGGGCUGUCUCGCUCUCAACAAAGACACAGAAUCGUUGAGCUGAGAAUAAUGUUGCCCAGCUAUAAACAGCCGUCUUUAAAGUUACUACCGAUCUGGAUUUCAUCAUAAACUGAAACCCCCAAAUUCAUGAAUCCAGUUUUCAUCAGCCCUCAAAAAAAGUGAUUCACGGCUUCUGCAUGAUGCUUGUGAUUACACUAAUCAAAAACGAUUUGUCCAUCGAUGAAUAAUAUGUACUAAAUAUCAGUUCUUGGGGUUAUUGUAAGACAGCACAGGUUUUACUGUUCUAAUAGGAAAUAUGAAAGCCACGAAAGAUUGAUUUAAAAUGACUAUUUCUGUAAGAAUUGAAGUCUUUAAAUAAAUAUUCAUAUCAAACUUGUUUGUGUUGUUUUUGGUUGAUCACUGGAUCCUCAGAAUGUCAAGACACUAUAAAAAAGACCCUCAACUAAAACCCAUUUUUGGCCAAUAAGGAUUUUUUUGGUGCCUAUCUUUAACAUUUUAGUGCGUUUACCGACAAAAAUCCUCUUCUCAGAGAUGCUCUCCGUGUUGAUAGACACCUGUCCUGGAUGACGAUGCCAGUAAAAUCGGUUCAAACAGCGCCAGCGCACUGGAAUAGAUGUACUUCACACCAUUGCACCUUUUAAAGUGAGCAUCUCAAGAUCUACUGCAUUAUGACGGGGUGACAGGCUGUCCUAUUCCAAACACUCCUCCAAACCUGGCUGAGAAAUCAGCCUCCCU